GUGACUACAUUUUACAGGUCAUACCCAAAGCAUUUUGCCUUUAAAAGAUCAGUUAUUGUAGCUUACUUUUUCCAUUUCAUUAUGAUCUUUGCUGUUUUGACAUGUUGUUACAGUAGCUGUUACUGGUAGGUCUGUGAUAGGACUGUUGGUAACAUUUUCAGUCUUAUGGUCUCUAUCAUAUUUUUAUGUCAGUCCAGAUUAUUGGAUGUUAUUUUAAAGUGCAUGCUGUUCAGUUUUAUUACAUUCUAAUUACUUACCCAGAGGGACUUCCUAAAGUGAAGAACUUUCUAAUGGUGGCUGUGCAGUACUAUGAUGAUGGGAGCUGUAGGAACGUGUGUAAAUCUCAAGAGGAGCAUGUUACUCUUCAGACAUGAUCUGAUUGUUGUUUAAACGGAUUUCAGUCAAGUAUGACUGUCAGAUAACAGAGACCUGUGAAGUGAACCUUGGCAAUGAUCUUGCCUGUAAACCAAAAUCCAUUGCCUGAAACCAAGAGUUUGCAUGAACAGAAAUGUGUUCAAAUGUGACUUCCUGAGUGAUUCAUUGCAAACUGUCAGUUUUUCAUGCAAAUCCUCUUUUUAUGUUCCUUUUUUGGGGGAGGGGUAUUUUCAAUGUUAAAAGGUAGUGAUUUUUAUAUGUUAGUCAUUUAAUCUAAAUAAGUCGGUUUGCAUUCUAAGGGGGAAAGUACAUUUUGAUGUUAUGUAGGCUGUGUGAAUUUAGUUGCUGUUUAGAACAGAUUAAAUAUUCUUUUGUUCAGGUUUUCAUUAUAAGACCUCAAGGGAAUGCAAGGCACUUUUGCAGUGGCCUCAGUUGUCACUGGUUUAUUUUUGACAAUCUUCUGAGGACUUUCAAAAAGGAUUCUGAAGUGACAGCGGCCCAACAGCAGUUGUGUGAGACGUGAAAGGAUUUCAAGAUGCCAGUGCCUCCACCACCACCUCCACCUGGGCCUCCUCCUCCGCCUACAUUUGCUGUGGCGAACACGGACAAGCCAAACCUCAACAGGUCUGAACAGCAAGGAAGAAAUGCAUUAUUAUCAGACAUAUCAAAAGGCGCAAGACUGAAGAAGGCGGUCACAAAUGACAGGAGUGCCCCAGUGUUUGAGAAGCCCAAAGGUGGCGGUGGCGGAGGCGGAGGAGGAGGAGGAGGAGGAGGAGGAGGAGGAGGAGGAGGGGGGGGAGGGUUUGGUGGAGGAGCUCCUGGAGGGCUUGGUGGGCUCUUCCAGGGUGGGAUGCCCAAGCUCCGAGCCGCCGGGAACAGAGACAGCCCUGACUCUGGGGGUGCCAAACCUCCCCUACUGCCCCCUGGAGGAAGGUCCUCGGGUCCCAAAUCCUUAGCUGGGGGCAUGGCAGCCCCCCCUCGACUUCCUGGAGGGCCCCCAGUCCCACGGGGCGGUGCACCUGACCUGCCCAAGUCCCGCUCGACUCCCCCAAGACCUGAUGUGGGAGGGGGACCACCCCCGGUGCCCAAUACCCCACGUCCUAACCAAGGAGGCUUCCAGAACAAAGCUCCAGGAGGGGGGCGAUCCCUGGGAUCCACCCCGGCCUCCUCGCCCCCCAGCCUCCCAGGACGACCGUCAGGCCCGCCCCCGCCCCCUGGCCCAGCGGGGGGCCCGUUUGGCCGUCAGUCGUCGGUCUCCGGGCCGCCCCCCGUCCCCAGCAGCGGCCGCCCGCCCCUGCCCCCAGCUCCAGGCAGGUCCUUCGAUGACCGCCCCCCUCCGGUGCCCACGGCGAACAGGCCAUCCAUGCCUCGGGACGGGCCCCCCCCACCCCCGUCUCUGAACAGCAAGCCAGCCAUCUCCUCCUCGUCCCGCCCUUCGACCGGCACCGCGCCUCCUCUGCCCCCCGGCAGACCCGGCCCCCCACCCCUGCCCCCCACUCCCGGAGGCGAUGAACACACACCCAGACUGCCCCAGAGGAAUCUGUCCCUCAACUCUCAUGCCCCCGCACCUCCACCGGGGCGGUCUGGCCCCCUGCCGCCCCCUCCCAACGAGAGACCGCCCCCGCCUGGUCGGAACCCACCUGGGCGCUCAGGACCCCUCCCACCCCCUCCACCAGGGGGUAGGUCAGGAGGGAGUGUGAGGUCAUCGCCAGUCCCUCCCCCACCAAAUCGACCGGGAGCAGAGCCGCCCAGAGGCGGAGCCAGACCACCGCCUCCCCCCGACCGCCCUGGUGCAGGAGGUGCCCCGCCUCCACCGCCUCCUCCCAUGGGAAACGGAUUCCAGAACUCUCACCAUAACCCCUCAGAUGAUUGGGAAGGCAGGUUCUCCUUCCAUCCAGUAUCAGACCUGCCCCCACCAGAGCCCUACGUGCCUUUCCAGAAGACCUACCCCAGCAAGAUGGGCAAGAAUGAGAGCAGAGGCUCUGGAAAAAAGGAAAGGGGUGCACCUCCACUGCCCCCCAUCCCCAGGUGAAGGGACACAGUUGACUCACAGGAGCUGCCGUUUUUUGGACCACCAUCCCAAACCUCCCCUCUUGGUUAUCUAUCAGAGAACUGUCUGCUCUUCUCUUUUACCUUUGUUCUUUUAAGGAAAUGUGCAGCAUUUGGUCAUAUAUUGGCCUAGAUAGUAAAAGAUCGUUGAAGUUUACAGCCCACCCUCUUAAAAUGUAAGCUUUGAAGUAACACCUUCCAAAUAUAUCUGUUUACGUUGAGACCUGAGUGUGGGGCAAUGUGGCGGGGUGUUUAUUCUUUUGUUUCUUCUUUUCAAAUGGGUUAUUUUCUAUAAAUUUGAAUUGAUGCUAAAUUUACUAUUUUCUGUUUCUAUGCAAGAUUAAUCAUAGGGACCUCCAAGGGCAAUAAUAUAUAUGUAUUUUUUUUAUUAUUAUUAUUAUUUUUUUUUACAUGUGACAGAUAAUGCAGUCUGUCAUUGCCAAAGCAUAUUCCUGCAGUAGAUGCAUAAGGUCUCCUUUUGGUUUGCCCCACUUCCAUUAUAAUCCCAGACUGUGCCACUAUGUAAGUAUAGCCAGUGAAGUUUAUAAUCCACAAACUUUCUAUGUAUUACCUUUAUUUUUGAUACAGAACACUCUCCCUGGUGGAGAGAGUCCAUGGCAAAAUGGAUUCAAAUUAAGUGUUGUGUAGUUUGUCAACAUGGGACUGUAAGAAAGUCAGUUCAAUAUCGUUUCCAAUAAGGACAAACACAAGUGAUGGACUGCCACACUGGACCAAAGAAAAAAAAAGUCACGGUGUCAUCCAAUUUUUAUUUUUGCUUGUUUUUUUUUGGAAUUCCACAUUACUUGUCUGAAUUAAUUAGACUUUCUUAGUUGUGAGAACAGUAUUACCGUUAGUCUUUGUUACAUAUUUGUGCACAUCGUCUUUUUAUACAUCCUAUUGCAUGAGCUGUUUUCAUAAUAACUGCAGGAACCCCUAUCCCGCACAUUCAUGUGAUCUAGAGAAUGAAUGGUGUGACUAAUAAAUGUUUUCUUCUUUUUUUUUUUUUUUUGGAUUGGAUUAUGAAAAGGAGAAUGUCUGGUAUGCAUGAUCCGUCAGUGUUGAUUCAAUUUCAUUGAUGGGAGGUGUAUUUUAUGUUUGUAAGUGCUGAGCAGAAAAUAUAUCAGUUCUUGCUUUAUUAUUUAAACAAUUAGAAUUAUUUAUGUGAAGAAUGAUUCGAUUCAGAAGGACUGGGAUGUUGUAAGUCAUAGUGGACCAAAGAAAGAAUCCCUGUCAUUAAGCCAAAGAUAAUUUGGAUAAUAUCCCAACAAUUUUGUUUCGUUUUUCAGAAUAUGCUCGGGGGUUCUAUUUGUCAUUCGGCGCAAUAUCUGACGUAGAUGGCAGAGUUGAUUUAUUCUCAACCAACCCCCCAAUCCCCACACACCCCAGUGUGAAUCGUAUGUUCUUCACAUUGCUAUUGAAUGGGGCUUAAUCAUGGUACUUUCACAGAUUAAUGGCCCUUGGUGCGCAGGCAACUCGUUUGCAUCAGAGGUCUUAACUUCUUUUUUAUUUUUAUUACGUCACACUUGUUUCACGAGGACGUGUUCCUUCCAGAUCACAAAUAUUUUCUGUUUCAUUUUAUUUUCCCAGAUUGGGUUUUCCGAAUAAAACCGUCUUUAACCAUU